UAAACCGACGAAGUGCUUGGCUUUCAGUAUGUAAACUGCGAAAGUGGCAUACUGCAGAUCAAACCAGAGCACCACGAACUUGAAUAUUCACUUUCUCAGAUAACUAUGGCGCCAGCAGUUGCAGGUCCUGGUGAUGGUAUCAUCGAGCGCGUGGUCGCUGCCGAUAAAGUACGAUGGUGGAACAAACCCAAUCUCCGGCGUCUCUACCUGCUGUUGGUACCGUUCUGCUUUUUCAUUGAGUCUACCUCUGGAUUUGAUAGCUCAAUGAUGAACGGAAUGCAAGCUCUUGAUUACUGGCAAGAAUACUUCAACCAUCCCAAAGGAGGCCAACUGGGUUUGCUAGUUGCAUGCUACAACCUCGGAGCUAUCUCGAGUAUCCCACUCGUUGCUCUUGUUUCAGAUCAUCUUGGAAGGCGAAAGAGUAUCGUCCUUGGAUCUACUAUCAUGAUCAUCGGAGCAGUUAUGCAGGGCUUGUCGCAAAACCUUCCGAUGUUUAUCUUCAGUAGAAUCUUUUUAGGUCACGGUAUCGUUUACGCUAUCAUAUCCGGUGCCGCCCUUCUUGGCGAGUUAGGUCAUCCCAAAGAACGUCAGUUCUUGGGAAGCCUUUUCAACGCAUUCUUUGGAGUAGGCUCCGUACUUGGUGCUGGUAUAGUCGUACGUACGCUACUCAUUCCGAGCGAUUGGUCUUGGCGCCUUCCCUCCAUCCUUCAAGCUGUUCCAUCUGUCAUUCAGGUUGUGUUCGCUUUUACAGUACCAGAAAGUCCCCGAUGGCUCGUCUCGAAAGACCGCAGCGAAGAAGCUCUCGAGAUAUUGAUCAAGUAUCAUGCAGAGGGCGAUGCUUCCGCUGAGCUACCUCACCUUGAGAUUGCCGAGAUUCGCAAAGCUUUGGAGUUGGAAAACGAGUCGCGACAACGUGGCUGGGCUGAACUAUUCCAAUCGAAAGGCAUGCGACAUCGUGCCCUUGUCGCUGCUGGACUUGGCGUCUUCGUCCAGUAUAGUGGUAACAAUCUCAUCAGCCAGUACCUCGUCCCUAUUCUGGAAAAGAUCGGUAUCGAAGACAGUCACACUCAAGUGCGCUACAAUGUCGGCUCCGAAGCAUGGGGCUUCCUCAUGGCACUUGUCAUGGCGACCAUCACACCUCGAUAUCCACGACGCAGGAUGUACUUACUGUGUGCUAGCUGCUUGUUAUGCGUAUACACUGCUUGGACUAUCGCACAGGCUCGUAACCGAAUGACUGGAUCAAAAGAAACUGGCUACGCUGUGCUUGUCAUGAUCUUCCUCUACAAGCCCGCAUACAACAUCGCUUACAAUGCUCUCACCUACGUCUACAUGGUUGAGAUCUUCCCGUACUAUGUGCGUACCAAAGGCCUUUCGUGGUUUCAGCUCUUCAAUCGCUGCUCCGUCAUGCUGGGUUCCUUCACCAACCCUAUCGGACUCCAAGACCUUGACUGGAAGUUCCUCUUCGUGUAUAUUGCUUUGUUGUCUUGCGAGAUCGUCUUUAUCUACUUCCUGUUCCCGGAGACAUACGGAAAGACGUUGGAAGAACUCACGUUCCUGUUCGAAAGUGAGAAGGAAGACCGCGAGGCCCUCGCUGCAACCACCGCCAAGGUGAUGGGCCAGGAAGGCAACGUCACUGAGCUUCACGAGGCGCCGGAGAAGAAGGCUUAGGUCGCAGAUAGAGUGGUGGCUGCAUCUAAUCUCAACGGUUCUUGGAAAAGCCGUUGCAUUUGGCGCUCACGAAGUGGGUUUUGAAGCCGCUUGGGAGGUCGCCGCAUUCCUUCAGAUGGUUAUGAAACAUCUGUGGACAAGAAUAGUGGGAUAAGACGAUGCAUAACUUGUGGCUGUUCAAGCACAACUAAUUCUUGCUCUUGCUCUGUCUGAGUUGUAGGAUAGUGAAUCAAUCUUUCCUCUACAACUUCACAUAAGCUUCUCAUAGUUGUUGUAGCCUACUGUAAAGGACAACCAGCUUGCGUAUAGUUGGUCAAGAGAUAUCUCAUGCCAGCCCGGCAUCAUGUUUCGCACCGUUGCCUAUCCUGCUGACCCGCUUCACGGCCUAGCACGCGGCGCAGCAACAUAUCAAACUGGAGCUUGUGCUCGUGGCGGCAACAUAUCGCUCGAGAUUCAUCAUCGC